AGCGAGCGCACAGAUUUGUAUUAAACGAACAAACCUAGUGUAUAUGAGAUGAAAUGAAAAUUAAAUAAACCGUUGUCAUCCCUUCAAUAUUUAUUGUAUCAAUUUCAGAGAAUUCAAAAAGUUAUAAAAAAAGGUGAUUUAUAGCUGAAUAAUUACAAGUCUAUAUAACAAGAUUCAGUGGAAGUAUAUCCAACUUCUUAUAUCCCAUUUAAAAAUGUCCACUUAUCAGAGAUACUCCGACGAAAAAUCUCUGGGUAUUGACAAUAACUCUGCCACAUGCAGUAAACGAAUAGGUUCUAUCAAUCUUUCUGUUAUUGAAAAUUCUCCCAGAGAUAGUAUCAACGAUACUUUCACAACUGCCAUUGAGGAUGAUGAAGACGAAACCCAAUAUUUGUCAAUACUUGAAACCACUAGAGACGUAACUCUUGAAGAUUUGCAUAAUUUAAAUAUGACCAAUUCAAAAAUUAAAAUUCCCGAACUAGAAUACUCGAGUGGAAGCGGAAGUAGUGAUUUGACUGAUAGUGGAGAGCAGCAGGUGGUUAUUUUCAAGGUAGAAGGUUCAGAUGAUCUUUAUGGCAUUCAGUUAGCACAAGAUGAAGAAGGGAAUAUUCAAAAGUACCAAUUUCAGUUCAGAACUAACGAAGAUGGUCAACUUGAAGCUAUACCAGAUACCAUUCAAUUGUUACCUUAUGAAACCGAUCAUAAUCAAGAGACUAUUGGGGACGGAACUGAGGAAGUAGGUACCUUACAGGAACAGAUACAUACAGAUGAAGAACAAGUACUUCAUAAUCAAGUUUUUGUUUCUGAAGAAACCGAGAGCAACACAAUAUAUCCUUCUGAUCUCCUUCAAGAACAGGAAGUUAUCCUUACUGAAAAUGAAAAUGACAACCAGAUAGACAAUCAGAGUGUUGGAUUAUCUGAGAAUACUUUGCUAGUACUUCUCAAGAAUGAUCUAGUUUUACAAGGAGUAGAAAAUGUCAGCGGAUGUGCAAUAGAAGAUAAAGAAGAUAAUCUGGAAUCAGAUUUUAUAGAGGAUGAGAUAAUUGACGUGAAGCCAGGGAUUGUCGAACUACAAAAAGCUUAUCCGGAGGCGGACCCUUCCGACAUCAAACAGGAAUAUCAUGAAAAUGAAGGCAAAUCGUUUCAAACUGAAGAAACUGCAAAAAUACCAUGUGAAAAUGAAAAUGCAGUUCAAGAAGAAACUGUUACAGCUGAUCCACUUCAAUACCAUUCGGAAGGGGACACAUAUGACACAGACACCCAAGAUGAAGAAACCCUCAUAGAAUAUCAACACUUUGAUUCCCAAACAGUUGGAGAAGUUUGUGAAGAAAGUAAUGAUCCCGACAAUUUCUUGAAUCAACAAGAUGAUUCACAGGAAGGACACUAUUCUAAUAUUUACAUCACAAAUGGUGACAUUGAAGAGUUGUCCUGCAACACUGAGUUGCACCAACAUAUGAUACAAGAAAAUGUUCAUUACCUGCAAGAAGAAAUUCGCGACAAUGAUUCUUGCAAUGAAGAUUAUGAAAUAGUAGAUGGUUUACCCGUGACAGCGGAAGGGGACAUCAGUGAAGCUUCCUCAUCUUCACUUUAUGAUCAGGGUUCUUUGUACAAUGAAAUGAUAAUGCAGCAACUUCCUUCGCAAAAACAGAAUUCCCCAAUCAUAACAAACAUAUUGAAACAACCCAUGGACUCGAACACUGCCAGAAGUUCCAAAAAGAAACCGGUAUUGUACUAUAUAGUUCACACUACAGACCAAAAGGAAAAUGUUGACUCAUUUCCAUUAGGUGACGAGACCGUCGUUCCUUUAAAACCAAAUCCGCGUAGCUUACUCAAAAACAAUAUUGAAAUAAAACUUCAAAACGAUAGUGAAGUUAUGUUUGAGGAGGUUUACGAAAGGGAAAGAUUACUAGAGAAAAGGUAUGCACGAAGCAAGGAGGUUGUUCAAGCAAAACUCUUCAAUAAUUUCAUCAAUAAAACCACCAUACCUCAUGCUCCAAUCAGGCAGAUGAGGUUGCCUAGAAAACAAGAGAUCAAACCAGUGGAUACCAGGCUCAAUGAGGAGAUCAUUGUUCAAGAAGUAAUGGUGUCUUCAAAAGGUUUUUUCCAAAAUGCAAAGGAAAGGCUUCAGAGCAAAGAUAAAUUCGAGGUUACUAGCAUCGUUGAACUCAGUGACACCGACGAUGAAUACAAUCCAAACAAUAGCUCAAAGAAAAAAAAGAAACAUAAAAAACCUGUACAGGCAUCCGUUGUCACUUCCGAAGACUCUGACACUAGUGUGAUAGAAGUUUUACAUUCUGAGGAAGAAUCAGAAAAACGUUUGAAAGAUAAGAAUGGUAAGAAAUCCUCAGGCAGGCCUAAAAAAAUCGUGAACGAUGUUCUGAAAAGACCCAGAGGAAGGCCGCCCAAACACGAUGGGAGUUCUCCUCAGAAAAAAAGUAAAACUGAGUCUAGUGAGGUAGAAAGUGAAAGUGGUAAAAAAAACUUCAAAUGUCCCCAUUGCCUGAAAACGUUUCCUAGUCAAAACAGUCUCAGCACACACAUUCAACAUCACAAUUUGGAGAACAGUUUACGACAAAAUAGAUUCUCCAAGAUGGAGUAUAAACAUAAAUGCGACCAAUGUGAAGAAAAAUUCAAAAAUAGCAUUCUACUGAAGAAACACGUUUGCAAAACAAACUUGAAACUGAAGUGCAAUAUCUGUUCGAAAGAAUUUAAAGAUUUGUCAUUGUUGAACAUUCACAAAAAAACCCAUAUCAAGCAAAACUUGUUCAAUACCACAUCUACCGUUACAAUUUCACCAAAAAAAUUUCUACCGAGACCAUCAACCAGUAAAUUCAAGUCUCCCAAGAAAGAAGUUACUACUUACAAAUGCCAACGCUGCUCAAGAGUCUGUCCCACUCAAGGUUCUCUUGCGGUACACGAGAAAAGCCACAAAAGCUUUCCGUGCACCAAUUGCAAAGCGACUUUUGCCUCCAAGAUUUUACUCGACAAUCAUGUAAGACUGACUUGCGUUAAGCAACCAUCUCCACAAAACAGAAGGUUAUCGUUCAAGAUCAAGAAAUCGUUUGUACAGUCUCCCCGAAGGUCAUGUUUCAAAAGAAAAAGUGUCAAUCCAGGUGUAAACUCGGAAUCCAUGAGCAGACACUUGGAUAUAGAAGUAACUUGUGAUUCUUGUCCUAGUCAAUUCAACACAUUGACUGCUUUGUUCAAACACAAGGUUAAGGUUCAUGGCCUUCAAACACCAGAUAAAAAAGUUCUUACAGCAGAAAAGAAGACUUUACAUAAGCCUUAUAAAACUCAUGGUGGUAUACCAGCCUCUGAUCGUUUGAAUAAGGCAUUCCAAGGAAUUCGAAAGCAACUUGCAACUUUGAAAGCAAAUAAUACACUUCUUGAAACCCCUGAGGAUAAAUAGCUCAGAAGCAUGUAAAUACUUUUAAUUUUCUGCUGUGCAGAUUCUGCUGUACAUGAUUUUUUAAAGUUUUGUAAAGAUAUCUGAAUACAUUUUUAAUGAAGUUUUU